AUGGCCAGGGAUCGAGACAGCGACGCCGCAGCUCAGCCAGGCCAAUCAAAACGUCCGCCGCUCAACCACCAUGUCUCGCAUGACAGCGACUCGCAGGUGUCCGACCAUGCAUCUCAACCGGCCCAUCACCGCCCCAAGAAGCAUCAUCUCGUCGGCGGUGGGCGCUUGAGUUCCCGCGUGCCCUCGUCAAAGACCUUGCACAAAUCCCAUCACGCCGCCUCCAAUGUGAAACUGAACCAUAACAACAACAACAAUCAUCACCAAAAUCGCAACCAGCAGCAGCCCAUUCUCUCUCCCGAACAACCCGAGCGUCCCCCCAUGCUCUCGGCCGCUCACCGUCGCACCACCUCGGACGUGAGGCUGACCCGCGACUCUUCCACCUCCAACCUCAAGAAGAACGCUUCUCACACCAGCCUCAAGCGGAACAAAUCCCACGUUGAAGUGGGCAAGAAGUCGAAGUCUACUGCCAACAUCAAGCGCGUCGCUUCCCACAAGGACGUUACCAAGGAUACAAACAAGUACAAGGGCACCAAGGGUUCCGUUCACUUCGACCUGGGCACUGACGGUCAGGAUGACGAGUGGGUAGAUGCUAGUGCCUCUGCCUCUCCCUAUCUGUCGCGCCGUGGCUCUGUCGUUAGCAGCGGCCAGGGUUCAGCGAAGCCGCACGACGAAGACGGUUCGCGACCGCAAACCGCGCAGCCGACAACCAACAACUCCCCUUCAACCCAAGAAACCCCCGAUCGCGAGCGGGUCCAGCACAAGGAAUACUUGACUUCUCGCUUACUCCAGAGGACUCCGUCGCACGGCGCGCCGCCCAAGAUGUCUUCCGAGACGGCCCAGGUGCCACCUCGACCCGUCUCCCCCAAGUCGCCCGCCAGUCACACCUCGUCUACACCAUAUGAUUCACCAAAGGUCGCUGGUGCUAGCAUUGGCACGUCGGGCGACGAGCUGACUUCGCGCUUUGUGAGUGGUCCAGCUUCUGGAUACAACCCAGACUCGGGGUCCUUCUUUACGCCCUCCAACACCAUUACACGCGUGAAACGGCCACAGUCACUUAACAACUUGCAUGAAGAGCGAAGGUCAUCUACGGCAGACGAUCGCGAUGAAGAAGAUGAUGAGAGCGCACUGGCGCCCCGUGCAAGAAGGAGGUCCGGCUCCAAGGUUGCGCCGGCCGAUACGUCCCGUACGCAACAGAAGCUGAACUUGCAGCGUGCCAGCUCCAGCAUGGAACCAGCUCCAGCAGGAGGCGCAGGCCUGGGUGCUGUGGGCGCAAGUCCCCUACUCGGCGGAGCUGGUUACGAUAAUCGCGACCCGCGUAUAGGCAAGCUGAUUGAGCGAACUGGACAGGAAUACCUGGUUGUUCGGCGCUACCAGAAUCCAGUUGCCAGGUCGAUUACGCGGUUACAACAAUUGCCCGGCGCCAACAAGCAACUACAUAUCCCCAAGCAGAAUGGUGCGAAUGGCUCUGUGCAUGGUAAGAAAGCGCCAGAGGGUUCGGCAGCAAGGCAUGGGCACAAUUCAAACUUGGUGGACACACAAAGAUCACGGCCAGGAACACCCAAGCGGAACACGUCAGUUCGACUUAAUGGCGCCAACUCGAGCUAUGAAACCGAAGGGAUCCGGGGCGGCCUUAGCGGAUCAAGCUAUGUAGAUGGCGGCGACGACGACGGGGUUGCAGCGCUGCUCAGGAAUCUUUGGGACAAAAAUAUGGAUCUUUCUGCAAGUCAAGACUAG